UCCUUGAAAAAGACUAGUAUAUUUCGGGUAAGUUUCGUCAUUCUGUUCAUGUGUCAAAAUUAACAUUUGCUAAGAUGAAGAUAUAUUCUGAUCCAGGAAAUCAACAUACUCUAAAAGCAGUAGUUGCUGCUGCUUUAGCUAAUCUGAAGCUAGAGAUUCAAUUUACGAGUAUUACAGAUUCCAAGGUGCCAUACUUGAAGAGGGGCAAACUUCCAGUUCUUGAGAUAUCACCAAAUGAGUACAUCUUUUCAGCAAACAACAUCUGCAGGUAUAUCCUGUCCAACGGCUCUGAGCAAACUUGGGAGUUGAAAGUUGAGGAGUGGGUCGAGUGGGAGAGUACUCACUUACAGGCUUUGCUAGCCCCUUACUUAACUGCUGUCUUUGGAGGCGGAAAGAAGAAUGCAGAGCCAUUUAAGCUUCCAUUCUGCAAAUUAAAUGAUGUGCUGGCCAAUAAACAAUAUUUAGUGGGGACAAGCCUGACCGCAGCUGACAUUGUGGUAUGGUGUGCCCUGUACCCAGCCAUUACCGACAACCCAAGCCUUUGUGCUGACUACAAGCACCUUCAAUGCUGGUUCCAGGGCCUUGCAUCCCAAGAGAGCUUUCAGAAGGGUGUUGCUACCGUGACAUCAGGGAAGGGUGCAAGUGCCUUCAAGGAAGCCAUCUUGUCUCAGCAUGUCAAGGUUCCGCUGUCUGAUGCCGGUCGUGAGAGAGGACAACAGGCAGCUAUUAGUCAGGCUUCAGAUGGACAGGAUGAGAGCAAAAAGGACAUUCCACCUGAAGAGAUAGCUGCGGCUAAGGCAGCUUUCACCAGAGGAAAAAAGUCAUUACCUAAAUUGACCAAGAGAGUUCAUCCAGUACUACCUCAAUCUUCCGGGAAGAACAUCCUCAUCACCAGCGCUCUUCCGUAUGUGAACAAUGUACCUCACCUAGGAACCAUCAUAGGGUGCGUUCUCAGUGGGGAUGUCUUCUCAAGAUUCUGUCGUCUCAGGAACUACAACACCCUGUACAUCUGUGGUACAGAUGAGUAUGGGACUGCUACUGAAACCAAGGCAUUAGAAGAAGGCUUGACUCCUCAGCAGAUCUGUGACAAAUACCAUGCACUUCAUCGAGACAUCUACAAAUGGUUUAAUAUUGACUUUGACCACUUUGGUAGAACCACCACCCAAAAGCAGACUGAGAUUGCUCAGGACAUCUUCCACCGUCUGCAUGCGGCUGGUCAUAUUCUAGAGGAUACGGUAGAACAGCUCCAGUGUCAGAAGUGCAACCGCUUUCUAGCUGAUCGCUUUGUUGAAGGAAUCUGUCCACUCUGUAGUUAUGAGGAUGCUAGAGGAGACCAGUGUGAUAAAUGCGGAAAGCUCAUCAAUGCAACGGACCUUAAACAACCUAGAUGUAAAGUCUGCAGUAACACCCCUGUCAUCAAGACUUCCAGGCAUCUGUUCUUAGACCUUCCCAAGCUAGCACCAGCACUUGAGGUGUUCUUAAAGAAGUCUACAACCGAAGGCAACUGGUCUGCCAAUGCUAAGCUCAUUACAAACUCAUGGGUGAGGGAUGGACUGAAGCCACGAUGUAUCACUCGGGAUCUGAAGUGGGGCACACCUGUUCCACUGAAAGGAUACACAGAUAAGGUGUUCUAUGUAUGGUAUGAUGCUCCUAUUGGCUAUCCGUCCAUCACAGCAAAUUACACAGACCAGUGGGAGAAAUGGUGGAAAAACCCACAGCAGGUCCAACUAUACAACUUCAUGGCGAAAGACAAUGUGCCAUUCCACAGUGUGAUAUUCCCAAGCUGUUUGAUUGGGGCUAAUGAUAACUACACCAUGGUCAAUCAUCUUAUAGCCACAGAAUACCUGAACUAUGAGGACACCAAGUUUUCCAAGAGUCGUGGCAUCGGUGUGUUUGGUGACAACGCUCAAUCAACCGGUAUCCCAGCAGACAUCUGGCGUUUCUAUCUCCUCUACAUCAGACCCGAGACCCAGGACAGUGCCUUCAGCUGGGCUGACUUUGUCUGGAAGAAUAACAGUGAGCUUCUCAACAACCUGGGCAACUUCAUCAACAGAGGCUUAACAUUCCUGGAGAAUAGUUUUGGCAGUGUAAUACCCGAGAUAAGAUUGGAGAGUGAAGAUGAGAGGCUGAUUGCUGAGAUCAACAGAGAACUCAAGAGCUACAUUGCAUUACAGGAGAAGGUCAAAAUCCGUGAUGCCUUGAAGCACAUCCUCAACAUAUCUCGUCUUGGUAAUCAACAUAUUCAAGCAUGCAAGCCAUGGGUGCUAGUCAAAGGCAAUCCUCAAGAAAAACUCCGGGCUGGUACUGUGAUUGGUCUGGCAGCAAACAUCUCCUGCCUCCUCUCGGUCAUUCUGCAACCAUUCAUGCCAGAGACGAGUGCUACCAUCCAAGCUCAGCUCCAGGCUCCUGCUGAAUGUUACGUGCUGGUGGAAGAAUUUGUUUGUUACCUGGACAAGGGUCACAAGAUAGGCAAGCCAAGUCCACUCUUCUCCAAGAUUGAACCAGCCCAAGCUGAAGAAUUCAAGAAGAGAUUCGCAGGCAAACAGCAAAAGGUUGAAAGUGCUGCAAAGCCUAGUGCAGCGGCCACCCCAGCCCCACCUACAUCAAACCCACCUACAAGCAACCAAGCCACUCCAGCAAGCCCUCAGGAGAUAGAGAGACUCACUGCACAAGUUACAGCUCAGGGAGAGAAAGUUCGUAAGGUGAAGGGUGAGAAGGCUGACAAGGCAGUAGUGGAUGCAGAGGUCAAGGCAUUGCUGGACUUGAAACGUCAGCUAGCCAUUGCAUCUGGUCUGGAUCCUGAUGCUGCAUCCAAGUCUAAGGGAAAGAGUAAAAAGAAAGGGGGCAAAAAGUAGAGGAUAUGGAAAGAAAGCUGAUUCAUAAGUGGAUAUUAUUCAUAUGCAACUAUGUCAGUUUUGAUAUCAGGAAAUGAUUACAAUGUUCUGACAUAUCAGUAAUAAUUAUUUUUAAUUUCACACAGUCUACUUAAUAGCCAAUGGAAAUGAUGCUGGUUCUGUAUACGUAUACUAAUAUGUAGAUAAUUUGUGAGAUGUCACUACAUUUAGUAAAAAUUUUUAAAUAGUCAAGUUUCUGAUUUCACUGUUCCCCGCCCGAUUGAUACAUCAUUUUGGAAGGUUUUAGUUAGUCUGUACUAUUUUGUCAAUUUGCCCCUUUUUUAUUCAGUUGUGAAACUUUACCUUUGAGACAUUUAGACUUUUUAGUUUCUGUUCAGUUCUUUGAUGUUAGAAUCCAUAUUAUUUGAGAAAAAACAAUGAUAAAUGAUAAUAAUGAUCAUAAAUAAUUACGAUAAUUAUUAUGGUAAUGCUUAAUGCUACAAUCAUGUCUUCCAAUAGUCAUUACACCAUUCAAUAUGUCCAAAACUACUUUCCAUCGUUGGGAAUCUGUUGUUUCGCAUGGGCAUGUUGGUAUGUCUUCGUAUUUUUGUGCUGUCCUAGAUUUAUAGAGCUGCUGCUCUUCAUCUCUUAAAUACCUGACACAUAUAGUUAAUGAAAGCCAAUGAAAGUUAACUCACAACAGUUCCAUUUUAUGUGUGUGAUAUCUUGCAAGUAAGGCUAUUAAUUACUCAGGUCAGCAUCUGGGUUCUGCUUUCAUAGGUGUAUUAAAUCAUGAAGGUUAUUUCAACCCUUUGACUUUAUCUGAACUGAUUAAUCACAUUUCGGUCAGUAGCUACUGUUGUCUUGUGUGUGGCAGUAUAUAGUCAAUAUAUAUACAUAUAUAUCAGUUUGUUGGAAAGUAUGUUGCUUCUUUGCAUACAUGUAUGUGCAAUCAGUUGAUAAUCGUUCUGUUCUUUUGUUUAUCUCCUGUGAGGUAUUCGUGUAUUCUGUUUUCGUAUCUUUCGUCAAAAUUCUAUGGAAUAGUUAUUAUCUCCCACAAAUGAUUCAGUUUCUUUCAACAGUUUCAUGCCUCUUUGAAACUUGCUAUAAAAAUGACCAGGGUACUUUAAGUAGACAUUUUAAUGCUAACAAAUGUAAAUGCAUAUAAUCUUGUUCACAGUACUACCCAUUAACCUGUAAGUCCUCUCUAAUUAAGCUCGUUUCUCUCUUAGUGUUGCAUGGUCUGAUAAUGUAGCAAAAUAAUUUGUUAGCAACCAGUUUCAGUUGAACAAUGUGGAAUUAGAUAUUAAAGCAGUGACGCAUUUUAGAUUUAGGCAUAUUAAGAUACAUUAACUAUAGUUGAUUAGAUGACAUUUUCCUUGUAUAGUAGUAUUCCUUGCAGAAAGGGAUGUACCCCCCCCCCCUCCCCCAUUUCUGACACUCAACCUAUAUAACCUUCAUGUAAGAGGCUAUUUUGUGAGAUAUUAGGGAUACUAUGUGUGCUUUUCAGAUGAUUAUAUUUUAUCAUUCUUUUUUUCUGAUUUGUUGGCCCUAUCUUGGCUUAGGUUUAAUUGUUGUAGUCUAUUGAUGAAACGAAUGGUUCUGUGGAGUUUGUAUGCAAAGACGAAGAGAAAUGCUGAAUGUAGUAGCAGGGUUAUAAUGUAAUACUAUGUAUCACGUCAUCAAUAUUAAAUGAGCUCCCUAUUUGCUGUGAUAAAUAAUAAACCUUAUAUUUUUUUGUAGGUUUCUUUUUUGUUUGUUUUAUCAAUUGAAACAGAGGCCUCUAUAGAGCUCUUUUUAUUUAAAAUCUAUAGUUUGGAGAGCCAGAGUAAUUGGAAACUUAUACUUCACUAGUUCUAAGUGGAUAUUUAUUAACACUUUCAAUUUAUUUUAUCUUAAUACUGUAGCAUUUUACAGCUUUCUUAAUUGUAUCUUGUAAGUGCUCAAAUAUGGCUCUUCUUUAUUCUUAACACUGUAGGAGAACAAAAAUAGAGUAACAGAGUCGCUGUAAUUCCUGCUGUAGAAAAGCUUGUCCUUCAUAGUUUGUUAGUAAAAAUUGCAUUUAUGAUAUUCUCAACAUUCCUGAUAUUGGUCUUGAAUCAAACUCAACGUAGAAGGGCUAAAUCAUUUGAUAGUUAGUCUUACAUACUUGUUAUAUUGUUUUUAUUGGUAAUUUGACACUAACGGCUAACCCACAGUUUCAAAAGGUGUUUAUGUGUCAACAAAAUAUAUGCUAUUGCAACAUAGGUGUGAUGUAUGAUUUUGAAUUGCAAAUUAUUUUAUUAGGAGAGUGAUAUCUGAGCUCUAUGAACAUGUCAGAGGAUUGAUAUUCCAAUUAAAUGUCAUGCUAUACCCUUUUAGUCCUGAAGUAAAUAUUUUAAUUAUUUUAAUAACGCUUUGAUUACAUUAAAGUUAACAUUUCUUAUCACCUCUGAAUAGUUUAGCCUUGGAAAAGACCAUGAACCACGACACGUUAGAUAAAAUGAUGGCAAAUCGGUUAUACUAACAAUGAUAUAUAUGAAAAACAAAACAUGUAGCUCCCCUGUAGUGUCAUUCUAGACUUCUAUUCUUUGAUUCCUAUACUUUUUAGAUAUUCAUAUUUCUUUCAAAUAAAUGUUUAAAAUGAUGUUUUACCCGGUAAUCAGGGAAAUAAUUGAUGACUGUUUGUUCACUUUGGUGACUCUAAAUAUUGAAGUGAAUUUUAACUGUUACAAAUUAUUUAUUUGAUUAUACUUUACUAUUGAACAUGUAUUCACUGAAUGUUGAGCUAUCCAUUUUGAUCUCUAUUUUUUCUGACAGCAAUAAAUAAAUUUCAAGAUAAAUUUCUAUCAUGAAGUCUACAAACAAACA